AUGAGUAAGAAGAAUCCAUUGGUUUUCUUGGACGUGUCCAUUGAUGGAGAUCCCGUGGAAAGAAUGGUUUUUGAGCUUUUCUCUGAUGUUGUUCCCAAGACUGCCGAAAAUUUUCGUGCUCUCUGUACAGGGGAGAAGGGAAACAGUAAAAAAACUGGAAGACCUCUACACUACAAAGGAACUUUUUUCCACAGCAUUAUCAAAGGAUCCAUGGCUCAGGGUGGCGAUUUUCUUAGACGAGAGGGGGCUUAUGGAGAAAGCAUAUAUGGUGGAAGGUUUCCAGAUGAGUCGUCCAAGCUAAAGCAUGAUUGCCCUGGUCUUCUGUCGAUGGCAAUUGCUGAUCGUGAUACACGUGGUUCUCUAUUUAAUAUCACUUUCAAGGCUAAUCAUCAUCUUGACAGGAAAUAUGUAGUCUUCGGGAAACUUGUUCAAGGACAUGAAGUUUUGAAAAAGAUUGAACAAGCCGGCGAUGAAGAUGGGCGACCAGCAGUAACUGUGAAGAUAAUUUAUUGUGGUGAAAUUGGUGAGAGUGAGAAUCAGAAUGCUGCUGUGUUGGAGAAUGAGAAAAAGAAAGUGAAUAAAUUGAAAAUGGGGAAGGAUGCUUCUUCGGAGGCAAACAGUCAGGAAAUACGGCGUAGGGGAAAGCACAAGAAAUCUUUAAAAGAGAGAAGGAAAAAGAGAAGAAGAUAUUACACAUCUGAAUCAGACAGUUCCUCAGACUCCGAGACUGAAACAUCUGAAUCUGAUAGUGAUUCUGACUCAUAUAUAUCUUCUUCAACUGACAUAAGCUCUUCAAGUGCUGACAAGCGUAGGAAGAGAAAGAGAUCUUCUAAGAGAGACAAAUAUAGGCGUGGGAAAAGGAGGGAUAAACGGCGUGAAAAAAAGCGCAAGAGGCGUGAUAAGAGAUCAAAACGCAGAUCAAAAAGGGAACUGGAUGGGCUCUCUGAGAGUGGAAGUGGAAGUAGCUCUGAAGGUAACACUGGUGAUGUUGGAAAGCUAGAUUGGAAUCCUAAAGCCCUGGCUAAGACAACUGUUGGAAAUCUGUCUCCUGUAGUUCAGGAGAGGGAAGCUGAUUCCACUCAACAUAAAAAGGGGGAGGUGAGGGAUAUACUCGACAGGGAAGAGGGUGAAUUCCCUAAAGAAAAUGGAGAGCACCUGAGCAACGGGAUUAACCUGCAAAAUGGAUCUGACAAGAGUACUGAUAGACAACCUGAUGUUGUAGAUGAUCACCCUGGCAAAUCUAGGAGCCGAAGCGCAAGUCCUAAAAAGACCAUGAGUAAGAGUAUGAGUAUAAGUCCCAAGAAGAGUCUGAGCAACAGCCAGAGUGUGAGCCCCAAACGGAGUGUGAGCAAGAGUGCAAGUAUCAGUGGAAGCCCUCCUCUGGUUUCGCGGAGAAGCAGAAGCAUCAGCAGAAGUCCAGUUAGAAGUGGGAGCAACAGGAGCCCCGCUAGAAGUGGAAGCAGAAGUCCAGUGAGGGGCAAGAGAGGAAAAAGCAUCAACCUGAGCCCAGUGAGAGGCCACCCUCAAAGAAGCUUUAGCAGGAGUCCCACAUCAUCCCCCCCUCGGAGGAGCCUUAGCCGGAGCCCACCUAGAACCUCAUCAAGAAAGUCAUCCCGGAAAUCGGUGAGCAGAAGCCCUAUGAGACCAUCUCGAAGAAGCAUAAGCAGAAGCCCUGUUAGACUAUCUCGAAGAAGCAUAAGCAGAAGCCCUGUUAGAUCAUGUCGAAGAAGCAUAAGCAGAAGCUCUGGUAGGGCCCCUUCUAGGAGAACUGCCAGUCAAAGUCCGGUUAGAGCACCAGCAAGGAAUAAUCGCCGGAGCUAUUCAAGGAGUCCUGUAAGUGCUGGACGGAGGGCAAGGUCACCUAUUUCUGAUCAUGCAAAAAGUUCAUCGAGAAGUCCUUCGCCAGAUGGGUCCUCCAAGCGCAUUAGAAGGGGGAGAGGUUUCAGUGAGCGAUUCUCUUUUGUACGAAGAUACCGGAGCCGUUCUCCUGAUCGUUCUCCAGUAAGAUCAUAUCGAUAUGGUGGUAGAGGUGAUCGUGACAGAUAUUCAACUUACAGGAGAUCACCUAGGCGUUACCGGAGCCCAAUAAGAGGAAGAACUCCUCCAAGAUACAGAAGCAGAAGAAGUAGGACGAGGAGCCAUAGUGUCUCACGGAGCCCUAUCCGCUAUCGCAACCGACGAUAUAGUCGCAGCCCCAUUCGCAGCCGUUCUCCUGUGGAUACAUCUAGAUAUCGUGCAUCCCCACGUGCUGAGAGACGUAGAUCACCUUCCCGUGGCAGGAGCCCAUCUAGAUCAAGGUCUUCACGUGACUCACAAUCUCCUAAGGUGGCAAGCAAAGAGAAGUCACAGUCAAGGUCAUCUUCUGGUAGUCCCCUCCCCCCUGGGAAGAAAGGCCUGGUCUCUUAUGGAGAUGGCUCUCCCGAUUCUGGCCAAAGGUAAGAGCAUGGUAGUGGUGGUCGUGGUGGUGGUAGUUGGUGGUCUGGAUAAGCGUCGAUCACUCCUGACAACUGGUGGCUUAUGUUUUCCCCAGUGGAUGAUGAAUGAUGUUGCUCUGGCAGAGGUAGUGCGGAUGUUACAGAUGAUAUUUUACUUCCUUUCGGAUGAUGGUGUGUUUCGAAGGUGUAUGCUUAAUAAUAGAUGUUCUUUGCGUUGCAUCCUUGUGCUUGCAGUCAUGAAUAUUCUUGUUAUGAAGUUGCUUGGGCCCUUCUUGUAGUUGAAGGUAACUUUGAGCUGAGCGAGCUUGGAUUGCAUUUAGGAAGCUGGAUAAUGAUUUCUAGAUCUGAUGAGAUUUGAGAAAAUUGGUCUGUGUUUGUUAUAAACCGGUGAUACGAUUUAGUAAUCACUUUUUGUUAAAUUUGUCUUUUGAAUUUGCGGUGAAAAUGGUGAUAUUUUU